AUGCUGCGCCUCGAGGGUCAUGGAAAUGCAGGAGAUUCAUGUUUUUGUGGUCUCGCCGCACCUGUUUUCAGAUGUCGGGAUUGCUUUGGGAUGCGAAUGCUUUGCAACCAGUGUGUGCUUCACAGUCACGCGAGCAAUCCCUUACACAGGAUUGACAUGUGGAGUAACUCGUAUUUCCAGCACACCUCUCUGAAACAAAUCGGUCUCUGCAUGCAGUUAGGUCAUAAUCCAGGCAAGAUCUGCUACAACCCUCAUCCCUCUACCGGGGAUGACUUCAUUGUAAUUGACGUCCAUGGCAUUCAUGAGAUCACGCUCGAUUUCUGUGGCUGUGCAAGCAGUCAGGUGCACUACAAACAGUUACUUCAUGCUCGCUGGUAUCCAGCUACAACAUCUGAGCCUCGUACUGCUGCAACCUUCAGUCUACUCGAGCACUUCCAUCUCCUCUCAUUCGAGAGUAAGGUUUCCACAUACGAAUUCUACCAGUCCCUAGUAAGACGAAACAAUCAUGCAGGGUUGUUACCUAUAAGGGUAUGUAGCUGGUAUGUAUAA